CUUCACACAAGAGAACCGUACACCAAACUAAGCGAGUGAUGUAGAAGAUCCAAUCGUCGAUUAGGGAAGCCGUGUCCCAAUUCUCAAUCAACCACACCGAUUUCCCCUUUCCCUUCCGGCGACGAGAUAUUUCCAGAAUUCCUUGAACAGAGAGAAAGAUUACAUCUUGGCCCUUCUCUGCAAAUGGGCCGCAGGAAAAAAUACAAGAUUUGCUCUAGAUUUCAAGGAUUUUACCAAGAAUUGUUGCUGUUGUUACAUCGCUUGUGACUGUAAUCUUUAUAUUGGUUGGAUUGUUAUGUUAUUAGAUGAAAGUGGGUGAAAAGGAAUAUUCCUGGGACUGAUUUAGCGUGUGAUUUUAGUAUUCUUUUAUGAUCUUAUUGGUUGGAUUGUUAUGUUAUUAGAUGAAAGUGGGUGAAAAGGAAUGUUCUUGGGACUAAUUUAGUGUAUGAUUUUACAAUUUAGUACUGUUUUAGGAUAAUUCAGGUGAAAUAGAGGCUAUCUAUGAUAACUUGGGAGAGUUUGGGAAUAUAGGCUUGUAUGGAGUGUUUGGGGAAGAAGAGGAAGGGAGCUGAGAUCUCGGAAGGGCUACGGGAUGAUUCUGAAGAGGCGACACAGUUGGCGUAUCGGUGGUCACAUUUGUCGCUUGGGGACUAUUCGAGGAGGAAAAAGAAAUGUAGGGAGGGGGUGGUGUCGAAGGUUGAUACGCGUAGGAGUGUUAUUAACGGAGUUGCUACUGCCCCGGCUUGCGGGGCUGCAAGCUUGGAGUUGCCGGGCAGGGGUCUUAAGCGGAAAAUUGGUUGUAUUGAUGCAGUGACUCGGUUGGGUAGGAAGAAGAAGAUUUCCCAGGAUUACGAGCUGGAUAAGACGAUAGGGAAGGGGAAGUUUGGAUCGGUGGUGUUGUGUCGGAGCAAGGCGACUGGGGAGGAGUUUGCGUGCAAGACUCUGCGGAAGGGGGAGGAAGUUGUGCAUCGCGAAGUGGAGAUUAUGCAGCACCUUUCUGGGCAUCCGGGGGUUGUGACGCUGAAGGCUGUGUAUGAGGAUAGUGAGUCGUUUUAUCUUGUGAUGGAACUGUGUUCUGGAGGUCGUUUACUCGAUGAAAUGUCUAGAGAAGGGAUGCAUUCUGAAAGAAAAGCUGCUAAUGUGAUUAAGGAGUUGAUGCUGGCUGUGCGGUACUGCCAUGAGAUGGGUGUGGUUCACCGGGACAUUAAGCCCGAGAAUAUUCUCAUGACAUCCUCUGGACAAAUGAAGCUUGCUGACUUUGGAUUAGCUGUGAGGAUCUUAGACGGUCAGAGACUGUCUGGCAUUGUUGGGAGUCCUGCGUAUGUUGCUCCGGAAGUUCUGGUGGGUGAUUACUCGGAGAAAGUGGAUAUAUGGAGUGCUGGUGUCCUUCUUCACGCACUUUUAGUCGGCGUUCUUCCAUUUCAAGGCGAUUCUUUGGAGACAGUGUUUGAGGCCAUUAAGAAAGACAAACUUGAUUUUAUCGGUGGUAGUUGGGAGUCUGUUUCGCGACCUGCUCGUGAUCUUCUCUCCAAAAUGUUGACCAGAAGUACAUCAACAAGGUUUACAGCUAACGAGGUUUUAAAACAUCCAUGGAUUUCUUUCUACACCGAACCAAUACUAAAGACUUAUUCUGACGCGAGGCUGACUUCAAGGAAACUAACUUGUAUUCGAGCUAAAGAGUUGGAGAGAAAACGGACGUCAUCUAACCAUCUCAGUGACGACUCUAGCUCGAGUGAAGUAGGCGGUGGCGGGGAGAGUGGCGAUCUGGUUGACAUGUUAGCUGUGGCCAUUUCACGCGUGGAGAUAUCAGAGGCGAAGCGUAGCAGGAUAUGCAGCCCCUCGAGGGAGAUCCGGCAGGAGUGCUCCUCUAACUUGAAGACUAGCAACCUCUGUACAGCAUUCUGAACUCUGACGGUAUAACCAUGUUGCUUUCUUUUAUCACUCAUCAGUUUUGUGCUUUUAACUGAUUGAGAUAUGCUAAUAUAUAGGAUUUGCUGAUAUUUGAUGUUUUUAUGUAAAUAAACAGUGUUUCCUUUGAUGAUUUCUUGGAUCAAUCGAGUCAUGUGAUGGGGAGGCUUUGAUUUUUC